ACGCCGCGAAAAGAAAAAAAAUACAGUACAAGUGGCGGGGUGCUUUCUGGGUUUGCCUAUUUCAUUCUGAAUCGCCGCCGUGAAUUCGAAUGUGUGUUAGAUCCGUCGGUGAUGUCGUCGUCGCAGAACCUUGGUGGCGCCACCAGAUGCGGCCGUGUGAUUGGGCCAUCUUUGGACAAGAUCAUAAAAAAUGCCGCGUGGCGCAAGCACACCUUCCUCGUUUCCGCCUGUAAGUCUGUCCUCGACAAGUUGGAGACUCUCUCCGAUUCUCCCGAUCCUUCAUCGCCUCUCUUCGGUCUCUCCACCUCCGAUUCAGAUGCCGUCCUUCAGCCACUCCUUCUCUCUCUUGAUACCGGCUACGCCAAGGUUAUUGAACCUGCUCUCGAUUGCUCUUUCAAGCUCUUCUCCCUCUCCCUCCUCCGGGGCGAGGUCUGCUCAUCUUCUCCUGAUUCCCUUCUCUACAAGCUCAUCCACGCGAUCUGCAAGGUUUGCGGCAUCGGCGAGGAGUCAAUUGAGCUGGCGGUCCUUCGCGUCCUCCUCGCCGCCGUCAGAUCUCCUCGCAUCCUGAUCCGUGGCGAUUGUUUGCUCCAUCUAGUCAGGACUUGCUACAAUGUGUAUCUCGGCGGAUUUAACGGGACCAACCAGAUCUGCGCUAAAUCUGUGUUGGCUCAGAUCAUGCUCAUCGUCUUCACCAGAUCCGAGGCGAAUUCUAUGGAUGCGUCACUCAAAACAGUUAAUGUCAACGACUUGCUUGCCAUCACGGAUAAGAAUGUCAACGAAGGCAACUCUGUUCAUAUUUGUCAGGGUUUCAUCAACGACGUUAUUACGGCCGGGGAAGCAGAUCCUCCUCCGGAUUUCCUGCUAGUCUUGCAGGGCCCAGAGGAGGAGGAGGAUGAUGGUGCUUCAACUAGCAAGAUCAGGGAAGACGGAUUCCUUCUCUUUAAAAAUCUGUGUAAGCUGUCUAUGAAGUUCUCGUCACAAGAGAACACCGACGAUCAGAUUCUUGUUAGAGGCAAGACUUUGUCUCUCGAGUUGCUCAAAGUCGUCAUUGAUAACGGUGGCCCGAUCUGGCGUUCUGACGAAAGGUUUCUCAAUGCCAUUAAGCAGUUCCUUUGCUUGUCUUUGUUAAAGAAUAGCGCACUCUCGGUUAUGUCUAUUUUUCAACUUCAAUGUGCUAUCUUCACCACCUUGCUACGGAAAUAUAGAUCGGGUUUGAAAUCAGAAGUAGGCAUAUUCUUCCCCAUGCUUGUCCUCCGUGUUCUUGAAAAUGUUCUUCAGCCAAGUUUCCUGCAGAAAAUGACCGUGCUCAGCUUACUUGAGAACAUUUGCCACGAGCCAAACCUAAUAGUUGACAUAUUUGUCAACUUUGACUGUGAUGUGGAGUCACCAAACAUCUUCGAAAGGAUUGUCAACGGUCUUCUAAAAACUGCUUUAGGGCCUCCUCCUGGUUCGUCGACAACUUUGUCCCCAGUCCAGGAUAUUACUUUUCGGCAUGAAUCAGUGAAGUGCUUGGUUAGCAUUAUUAAGGCAAUGGGAACAUGGAUGGACCAACAAUUGAGCAUGAGCGAAUCACUUCUGCCUAAGAGCUUAGAAAAUGAAGCACCUGUAGACAAUCAUUCUAGCCCAAAUGAAGAAGACGGGACAACUACAGAUCAUGACUUUCACCCAGAUUUGAGUUCAGAGUCAUCAGACGCUGCAACUCUUGAACAAAGGAGGGCAUACAAAAUUGAACUCCAGAAAGGCAUCACUCUAUUCAAUAGAAAGCCGUCAAAGGGUAUUGAGUUUCUUAUAAGCUGUAAAAAGGUUGGCAACUCCCCAGAUGAGGUGGUGUCGUUCCUGAGAAAUACCACAGGCUUGAAUGCUACCAUGAUUGGUGAUUAUUUGGGUGAAAGAGAGGAGUUUCCAAUGAAAGUUAUGCAUGCCUAUGUGGACUCGUUUGAUUUCAAGGAGAUGAAUUUUGGUGAGGCAAUUAGGUUUUUCUUAAAGGGGUUCAGGCUUCCUGGGGAAGCGCAGAAAAUUGACCGCAUAAUGGAAAAGUUUGCUGAACGCUUUUGCAAAUGCAAUCCAAAUUCAUUCAGCAGUGCUGACACAGCAUAUGUUCUUGCAUACUCUGUGAUAAUGCUUAACACUGAUGCCCACAAUAUCAUGGUUAAAGAGAAGAUGACCAAGGCUGAUUUUAUCAGAAAUAACCGAGGCAUUGAUGAUGGCAAAGAUCUACCAGAGGAGUAUCUUGGUGCGCUUUAUGACCAAGUUGUCAUAAAUGAAAUAAAGAUGAGUUCUGAUUCUUCUGCCCCAGAAAGCAGGCAGUCCAAUGGCUUGAAUAAACUACUGGGUCUGGACGGUAUACUCAAUCUGGUUUAUUGGACACAGACAGAAGAAAAGGCAGUCGGGGCUAAUGGUCUUCUUAUAAAGCAUAUUCAAGAAAAGUUCAGGUCGAAGUCUGGAAAAUCAGAAUCAGCUUACCAUGUCGUUACAGACGUUGCAAUAUUGCGUUUUAUGGUUGAAGUUUCAUGGGGACCAAUGCUUGCCGCAUUCAGCGUGACACUUGAUCAGAGUGAUGACAGGCUUGCUGCAGUUGAAUGCUUACGAGGCUUUCGGUACGCCGUUCAUAUUACAGCAGUUAUGGGUAUGCAAACGCAAAGAGAUGCAUUUGUCACUUCCAUGGCCAAGUUCACAAAUCUCCAUUGUGCAGGAGAUAUGAAGCAAAAGAAUGUCGAUGCUGUUAAAGUAAGUUUCUUCUUAUGAAAAUCAGUUGUUUCUUUCUGUAUUUGCUGUCCUCACAUCCGGUUUUCAAGGUAUAAGAACAGAGAGAUGAAGCAUUUUAAGCUAACUGCUGAUUCCAGACCAGNCUCUUCAUCCGAGACGGAAGAGAAGAAAGCCUUGGGGUUUCCUAACUUGAAGAAAAAAGGAGCCCUCCAGAAUCCGGUGAUGAUGGCUGUUGUUCGAGGGGGCACAUAUGAUAGCAGUGCAAUUGGACCAAAUAUUCCAGGGCUUGUGAAGCAGGACCAGAUCAAUAACUUCAUUGCAAACUUGAAUUUGCUUGACCAGAUCGGGAGUUUUCAGUUGAAUAAUGUAUAUGCUCAUAGCCAGCGGUUGAAGACUGAAGCCAUAGUAGCAUUUGUUAAAGCUCUAUGCAAAGUCUCUAUGUCAGAACUACAGUCUCCUACGGAUCCUCGAGUAUUUAGCCUCACAAAAUUAGUUGAGAUCGCCCACUACAACAUGAACCGCAUCAGGCUAGUCUGGUCUCGCAUAUGGAGCAUCCUGUCAGAUUUUUUUGUAUCUGUUGGCUUGUCGGAGAAUCUUUCUGUUGCAAUAUUCGUUAUGGAUUCACUACGACAACUUUCUAUGAAGUUCUUGGAACGUGAGGAGCUGGCUAACUACAACUUCCAGAAUGAAUUUCUUCGACCAUUUGUCAUUGUUAUGCAAAAAAGCAGUUCUGCUGAAAUAAGAGAACUAAUAGUUCGGUGCAUUUCUCAAAUGGUACUCAGCCGUGUCAGUAAUGUAAAAUCAGGGUGGAAAAGUGUUUUCAAGGUUUUCACAACCGCAGCAGCUGAUGAAAGGAAGAACAUUGUGUUGCUGGCCUUUGAGACAAUGGAAAAAAUUGUCCGAGAGUAUUUUUCAUAUAUCACAGAGACGGAGGCAACAACCUUUACUGAUUGUGUUAGAUGCCUCAUAACUUUCACAAACAGCAAAUUCACCAGCGAUGUUAGCCUGAAUGCUAUUGCAUUUCUACGAUUUUGUGCCCUAAAACUUGCAGAAGGAGGCCUUGUGUGGAAUGAGAAGGGUAGGUCCAGCAGUCCCGGUACUCCAGUAACUGAUGACCAUGCACCAAAUACCCAAAAUUUUAUGGAUGCAGAUGAAAACAUAUCAUAUUGGGUUCCUUUACUCACAGGAUUGUCUAAGCUAACUGCUGAUUCCAGACCAGCAAUCCGUAAAAGCUCCCUGGAAGUGCUCUUUAAUAUUUUAAAGGAUCAUGGUCAUAUUUUCUCACGAACAUUCUGGAUUGGUGUUUUCAGUUCUGUUAUUUAUCCUAUAUUUAAUAGCGUGUGGGGCGAGAAUGAUCUGCUUUCUAAAGACGAACACAGUUCAUUCCCCUCUACAUUUUCUCCACAUCCUAGUGGAGUUUCUUGGGAUGCUGAGACUUCAGCUAUGGCGGCACAGUCUCUGGUAGACCUAUUUGUCAGCUUUUUUACUGUCAUAAGGUCUCAACUAUCAAGUGUAGUGUCCUUACUUGCUAGUUUUAUAAGAAGUCCAGCUCAGGGUCCUACAGUAGCUGGAGUUGGCGCGUUGCUGCGGUUGGCAGACGAAUUGGGUGGCAGUUUCUCGAAAGAUGAGUGGAAGGAGAUUUUUUUGGCUGUGAAAGAAGCUGCUUCAUUGACAUUGUCUAGUUUCAUGAAAACACUGAGAACCAUGGAUGAUGUUCCAGAUGAGGAAACGUUGUCUGAUCAGGACUUUAGUAACGAAGAUGACGUGGACGAGGACAGCCUGCAAACUAUGUCUUAUGUUGUUGCAAGAACAAAGAGUCACAUCACCGUCCAGUUGCAGGUUGUUCAGGUAGUGACUGAUCUCUACCAAAAUAAUCAGCGGUCAUUAUUGGCAUCUCACGUCACUGUUAUCCUGGAGAUACUUUCAUCAAUCUCAUCACAUGCCCACCAGCUAAAUUCUGAUUUGAUACUGCAAAAGAAAAUGAGGAGAGCAUGCUCUAUCUUGGAGCUCUCUGAACCUCCCAUGCUUCAUUUCGAAAAUGACACUCACCAGAACUACCUGGACAUUCUUCAAGACCUACUGACAUACAACCCAGGAGUGUCCUUGGAGCUAAACAUAGAGUCUCAACUGAUUACAGUGUGUGUGCAAUUACUGAAGAUGUACCUAAAGUGCACUUUGUUUCAGGGUUCAGAGUUGGAAGAAACCAGGCAGCCUAAAAACUGGAUUCUACCCAUGGGAGCAACAUCGAAGGAAGAAGCAGCAGCAAGAUCUCCACUAGUGGUUGCAGUGCUGAAGGCACUGAGGGAACUGAAAAGAGAUUCAUUCAAGAGGUAUGCACCAACUUUCUUCCCAUUGUUGGUGGAGCUUGUGCGGAGUGAGCACAGCUCUUCACAAGUCCCACAAGUCUUAAGCACCGUGUUCCAUACAUGUAUGGGUCCAAUGAUGGGUGAAUAGAAUAGGAUUGUUGUAAGUGCAUUGAAGUUUGACAUUCGAGCACCUAAAGGAUAGGUUACGAGCAGACACAAAUCACUCUUUUCUUCUUUCGUUUUUUCUUCUCGUGUCUAAUGAGUAUUGACGAAAGAAUGUGAGAUUAACAGGUUUUGUGCGGUUGAUUGCUUGUGCUGAUAUAGAGUAAUUAAUUACUGUUAUAGAAACUAAGAAAAGGAUGGUGAAAAUUUUCUGCACUGCAUACUUUCUUC